AUGAUUGACCACACCAUCCCCAGCCCAGCAGCCACCUUCCGGUCCGCAGUAGCCUACAUCGUCCGCAACUUUGUCCCACGGCAGCCCUCCAGAGCCGCUGGGCUGGCUGGUCAUCUGAGGCGCGCUGAUGGGGGGAUGUUAUUGCAUAAGCGGCUUUCGGAAGCUACCCGCGUGCUUACUCCCUGGAGGCAGAUCAUGGUUAUGAUGAAGAUUAUGGAGCUUGCGAAGAGGCUGCAUGAUCAUGAGUUUAUGGUGUGGGAGUACAAGUGGAUAAUUGAUAAGCAAGAGGGGAUCCUUAUGGGGAUCAUUCUAAGCGGGUUGGAGGGUGAUGCGAAGCAUGGCCCCGGGCGCGUGGUGGAGCGUCCACAGGUGGAUGAGGAUGCUGUGGCGCGGGCUACUGUCUUCUUCAAUAAUAGGGGGGAGAGGAUUGCUGCUGCGACUGAGGAGAUGAAGGAGGUUAUACUUCAGAGUUCUAGGGUUGCUCCAGAGGUCUCGACUGAUGCAGCGCUUGUGGAAGAGACGUAUGCUAUUCUAGGGGGCGAUGGGAAUAAAACACUCGAAUUGGUACCCAUUGUAGUUGCAGAGCCACACAUUGAUGCCAGCGAGGAGGAGGAUAACAGGUAG